AUGAAAAGCACGCACCAGAUCAAUCUUCGAGAAAACCUCUUUGCCGAAAAGCGCUCCAGCAAAGUCCUGAAGAUGAGGCACGAGGUACCGAUCCGGAAUGAUAGCGCUGUUGGGGGCACGAUAGUCGCCACGUCCCUUUUUACUUCUAUCCCGCAGGACCUGGCAGUCGAGACAAUCGAACUACUCCUACGAGAGAAGUACGACGAAACGGAGAAUCGCCUCGGACACGCCCAAAUCAUCCAGCUCCUGAAGUUCUGUCUCAAGACGUACUUUACAUUCGACGGAACAAUCUACGAGCAGGUGAAGGGAACGCCAAUGGGUUCGCCGAUUUCGGGACUCAUAGCCGAGGCGGUCCUUCAACGGCUGGAGUCGCUGGUUUUCCGACACCACAGACCGAAAUUCUGGGCUCGGUAUGUGGAUGACACCUUCGUCGUCAUCGAACGGGAUCAGGUGCUGACUUUCAAAGGACAACUCAACGCCGUCUUCCCGGACAUUCAAUUUACGAUGGAGGAGGAGGAAAACAAUCAGCUGGCCUUCCUGGAUGUCCUCGUCUGCCGCAAAGAUUGUGGUGGCCUAAAAACCAAAGUGUUCAGGAAAGCGACAAAUACGACGCAAAUACUGAACUUCAAUAGCAACCACCCGAUCAGUCACAAACGCAGUUGCGUAAGGGCGCUAUACCGGCGUGUUGAGACGCACUGCAGUGAAAUGGAAGACAAGGUUGCUGAAUUACAAUAUCUUCGACGGGUAAUGAGAGCCAAUGGCUACCCGCGCAACUUUGUCAACCAGUGCAUACGAAAAGGACACCAGAGACCAAAUCCAACUAGCCCCAAAUUUUGGCGGGCUCUUCCGUACGUGAAGAACGUCUCGGAAGCCGUCAGUCGUCUUCUCACUCCACUUGGAGUUGGGGUUGCACACAGGCCGGAAGCAACCAUUAGACGCCAAGUAAUGAGGCCAAAAGACCCGCUGCCACGGCAGGAAACGUCUGGAGUCGUUUACCGGAUCUGGUGUAGUUGCGGACAAAGCAAUUAUGUCGGAGAAACUGGGAGAUUACUCCGUAGGCGACUUGCCGAGCACGCAGCAGCAGUGAGGCGGGGAGACGCUAACUCUCAGGUGGCGGCACACUCGACGGGACCCGGCCAUAAUUUCAAAUUUCAAGAGGCCGAAAUCCUCGCAAGGGGUGACAACCGCGUGAGCCGCGAGCUGCUCGAGUCAUGGUUCUCAGGCCCGCAAUCCAUCAACAAACACAAUGACCUCCCGGUGGCCUAUUCCGUAUUGCGAUUUUCCCUGGGCAGGAGAAUCAGUCACGUGGGGAGGGCGCGGGUGAGCAAUUAUCACGGUGACAGUGAGCCAGUUUGCCGAGCAAUCGUCACACCAGCAUCGAGCACGGAUGACGAAAUCGCGGCAAUUAACAACUCGGACUCGGACCGCCAAGCCACCGCCGCAUCAAUUACGACCCCAGCGGCGAUUGUGAGAACUGUUAAUUGCAGUGCGCAUACGGUCCCACGGCAGCCACGUGCUAUAAAUACUGCACUCCUGGUGCCACCUUCAACUCUAUCUGCGAAUGUCUCUGAUGAUGGGUUCGAGUGA